AUGGGUAUCAAAAAUUUAGCUACACUUAUUUCUGAGCAAGUACCGAAUGCUAUUAAGAGCAGAGAUAUAAAGUAUUUCCAUGGAAGAAAAGUAGCCAUCGAUGCCUCGAUGUCUCUUUAUCAAUUUCUCAUUGCUGUGAGACAGCAGGAUGGGGUUCAGCUCGCUGGUGAAGAUGGAGAAACGACGUCGCAUCUUAUGGGUAUGUUCUACCGUACGUUGCGCAUGAUUGAUCAUGGAAUAAAACCAUGUUAUGUGUUCGAUGGAAGUCCACCAGAACUUAAGAAAUACGAAUUGGAUAAACGUAAGGUGAGACGUGAGGAUACCGAGGCUAAGUUGAAAGAAGCCACGGAACAGGCAGAAAUUAUCAAACAUGAAAGAAGACUCGUGAAAGUUUUGCCAUGGCAUAAUGAGGAAGCUCAGAAGUUGUUAUCUCUUAUGGGUAUUCCUUACGUUGUGGCACCUGCAGAAGCUGAGGCGCAAUGUGCAGAGCUUGCUAAAUCAGGGAAAGUGUUUGCAGCUGCCAGUGAAGAUAUGGAUACAUUAUGCUAUCAAACGCCAGUUUUAUUGAGACAUUUGACUUUCAGUGAGGCCAGAAAACUUCCAAUCCAAGAAUUUGACACUGAUGUGAUUUACAACACUUUGGACUUGACUCAGACGCAAUUCAUUGAUUUAGGUAUCAUUCUAGGGUGUGAUUAUUGUGAAGGAAUCAAGGGUGUAGGCCCUGUCAAUGCAUUGAAAUUGAUUAAAGAACACGGUUCCCUGGAAGCCAUCGUAGAGAAAUUCGAAAAUGGAGACAUCAGUAGUGGCAGAUGGAAAAUCCCUGAAGGUUGGCAAUUCAAAGAAGCGCGUGAUUUAUUCAUGCAACCAGAUGUUAUUCCAAGUGAGGAAGUGACGUUGAAAUGGGAGGAACCUAAAGCCGAGGAAUUGAUUGAAUUUAUGGUUAAAGAAAAAGGGUUCAAUGAAGACAGAAUUAAAUCAGGUAUUGAAAGAUUACGCAAGGGUUUGAAAGUCGGCGUACAGAAAAGACUUGACUCAUUCUUCAAAAUUCAACCGAAAACUAAGGAAGAGCUAGCAACCGCUGCUAAAAAGGCAAAGGAUGCAAAGAAAAAGGCUGCUGCUAAAGGUAAGAUUGCCAAGAGACGUUAA